GGAGUCCUCAGUUGGGCAUCUACAUCCAGUCUUCAAACUCCAUUUCUUAUUCACCAGCAAAGCCAGUAAGAUCAAAUCAAUCAAGGGAAAAUGGUGGUGAAAGUUUAUGGAUCGGCUACGGCAUCCGCUUCCAGAAGAGUCCUCAGUUGCUUAAUCGAAAAGAAUGUGGAAUUUGAGGUCAUACCUGUUGAUUUGAUGAAAGGCGAACACAAGCAACCUGAAUUCCUCAAAUUGCAGCCCUUUGGAGUUGUACCAGCAAUACAGGAUGGUGACUUUGUACUAUAUGAAUCAAGGGCGAUCAUACGGUACUACGCGGACAAGUACAGGGAACAAGGACCAGAUUUGCUUGGAAAGACGGUAGAAGAAAGGGCGGUAGUAGAACAAUGGCUAGAAGUUGAAAGCCAGAACUAUCAUCCACACAUAUACAACUUAGUAAAGCAUCUCCUGUUUCAUCCAAAGAUGGGUUUGCCUAUUGAUGAGAAGCUAAUGGAAGAGAGUGAAGAGAACCUUGGCAAGGUUUUAGACAUAUAUGAAGACAGGCUUUCAAAGAGCAAAUAUUUGGCUGGAGAUUUUUACAGUCUUGCUGAUCUCACUCAUUUACCUUUCACACACUACUUGGUGAAUGAUAUUGGUAAGGGUUACAUGAUCAAGGACAGGAAACAUGUGAGUGCUUGGUGGGAUGAUAUUACUAGCAGAUCCUCUUGGAAAAAGGUCCUUGAGCUCUAGAAAACGAAAAGAGAAUCAUUCAAGUUGUAUCUAAGGAUCUCUUUAUGUUCUCAUUUGAAUAAGGGGAUGUUUUAGUUGUUUUGUUUUUGGUGAUGUAUCUCAAUUCUGAACAAGUAUUCCAAGAGGUUUCAGGGAAUUCAUAAAGUUUCUACUUCUCCCCACAAUUUCAGUUAUGUUCUAUUGACAUUAAACGAGUUUGAAUCUCA